GGCCCUGGGGCCAGGCUGGGUUGCUCCGGGAUGAGGCAGGGCUCAGUUUGAGACGGGGCGGGUUUAUCGAUGCUUUGUCAUUUUCGGCGAGUGCAGUUGAAGCGAAGUGAGUCGGAGGGCAGCCCCCGGAGCUGGGCACAGCCGCUGGGACAGUGAGAGGGUGUGUGUGUGUGUGUGAGAGAGAAACAGAAACAGCGAGCAGAGGCUACAGCAACCGAGUGAACAGGAACUCAAAAUGGGCGAAUACAUUGAGAAACAUGACACAUGCGGCACCAUCUGCCUCAAGUACCUGCUGUUCAUCUUCAACUUCUUCUUCUGGCUGGCUGGUGGUGUGGUGAUGGCAGUUGGCAUUUGGACCCUGGUUGAGAAAAGUGACUAUAUCAGCCUGCUGUCCUCUAGUACCUACGCUGCUACCGCCUACAUCCUGGUGGUGGCUGGGGUCAUUGUUAUGUUGACUGGGAUCCUUGGCUGCUGUGCUACAUUCAAGGAGCGGAGGAGCCUACUGCGAGUGUAUUUUUGCUUGCUGCUGUUUAUCUUUGUUCUGGAGAUCCUGGCGGGUAUCCUGGCCUACGUCUAUUACCAACAGCUGAGUGAUGACUUAAAGACUAAUCUGCGGGUGACGAUGAUAGAGAAGUACAGGAUGCCAGACCAGAUCCAUAUCACCAAGGCAGUUGACAAACUGCAGCAAGAAUUCCGUUGCUGCGGCAGCAAUAACUCGAAGGACUGGCAGGAAAGCCGCUGGGUGACAUCGGGGCAAUCCGGAGAUCGGAUUGUGCCGGACAGUUGCUGCAAAUCCAUGACAGUGGGCUGUGGUAAAAGAGACCACCCAUCCAACAUCUACAAGGUGGAGGGAGGCUGCAUUACCAAGCUGGAGGGUUUCAUCAUGGCCCACUUGAAGAUUAUUGGAGCGGUGGGAAUAGGAAUCGCCUGUGUCCAGAUCUUUGGAAUGAUUUUCACUUGCUGCCUGUACCGGAACCUGAAAGCGGACACUCCCUACUAGAGAUGGGACUUACUACAUCUUCCUGUCAGCAUUCCCAUCUCACCAUUCCCGUUCCCUUGCUCCCCAACAGGAUGUGAGACGAGAAGCCUCAGAAACCCUCAGCCCCACUGACCCUCCUCUGGGAUGGUGUCCCCACCCCCAGCCAGACUGCCCCUCUACCCCCACCCCCAAGACAUUCCCCAACACCCCUGCCCCUCCUCUGGGAUGUUGCCCGCAACUCCAGCUCCACUGCCCCCCCUCUGAGAUGUUCACUCCACCCCGGGCACUAUUUCCUAGCCUUUAUAGAUGUCUCACACUGGGCCCCUCAGUGGUGACCAUGUACAAACACCAAUGGGGGAUGUCACCAUGGGGUACUGGGCCUCUCAAUGGCAUGGUUGCCCUGCAGAGCUCACUCCUGGUUAUACAUUACAAUGUCAUAGGGAACUGAGUCUCCCCAUCCCUCUUCACAACCCCCCACGCCCUCUGAGGAAGAAUGAGAGGAAGAGAAGAGCGAGGGAGAUUGGCCACUAUGGCAUACACCAUGUCAUACCCUGACAGCCCUCUGUUAGGUAGGGGGGCCAUCAUUCUGUGCCAGUGGGGAUGCCCCCUGUCCUUGGGUCACUUUGAUCUUAUUUCACAGACCCUGACACCCACAUCCUCCCUCCAGGUCCUGACACCCACCUUUCCUGGCCCCUUCCCCGUUCCCUUGGCCCAACAUGCCCAACUGCACCCCUCCCCUCCCCCGGACACGGACACCACUGUUACCCCCCCCCCACGCACACGCACACACGCGGGGACGGACGCGCACACUCGCACAGACGCACAGACACUCCUCUUCCCACCCCUCACCCUCUCCCUCCUCCCAGGUACUGACACCCUGCUUCCUGCUGCCUGGAGUGACUGAGCAGAGGUCCCCACCCACUCCCUCCACCCUGGCACCCCAGUGAUUUCCUCCCCUCCUCCUCCCAGCCAUAGAUACUCCUCUUCCCCUGGGGAAGACACUCCUUUCCCCCUCUUGCACCCGCCCCCCCCCCCCAACACAGACACACACACACACACACACACACACACACACACACACACACCCCCACCCCACCCCAAACGGCAAUAUGAGAGGGAGGACAAUGAUUGUGUGUUGCUCAGGAGCCCUGGCCCUCUCAAGGUGAACACAGUCACAAGCUACAGUUCAGAGCUGGAGCUUAUGGGGUGAGCUCUCAAUACCAAUGCACUCUGCUGGGGGUGGGGAUGGGGGCUGUUGGGGAGACAGAGAGGGAGAUUGUGGGGGGAGGGGAAUAUGCUGGGUCAAAUAGUUAACAAAACGUUUAACAUGCAAACUGGUGACUGUAAACUCUGCUGCUGCUUCUGUGUUUGUCCCGCUUGUGUGGAGACCAGCAGUUUGGCAGUCCCUGUGUGUUUAAGGUGCUGUGGAGCAGAAGGUCAUCCCAGGAUCUCUGUGGGACUCUGCUCCUUCCCUCUAACCACUUGUUAUUAUUGUCUAGCUGUCACUGAUCACAGUCGGGGAGUUCUACCACGCUGUAUUUUUAUAUUUACUGUAGAAAUAAAACCUGUCUAACACCGGA